AUGAGUCGACCGUAUGAUCUGGUUUUGUAUGGCGCCACUGGCUACCUUGGGUCGCUGGUGGUGCAAUACCUAUGGGCUCAUGGCCCACCAGCCCUCCGAUGGGCUGUCGCCGGUCGCAGCGAACAGAAGCUCGCGACCCUUGUCAACUCCUUGGAUCGAACCACAUCCGACCGUAAUCUGCCUCAUACCAUGGUGACUACCCUCGCCGGCGAGGACUUGAAUCGCAUGGCCUCCCAAACAAGCCUUGUGCUCAACACAGUUGGAAUUAUUCCACAAUGCGCCGUGGAGUCCAGCCCGCCGGAUCUUAUGACGCUCCUUAUGGCACGCACACUACGUCGCCCUCUUGGGCCUAUGUUCUUCACAAUUCAGCAUUCCUGGACCGGUUUUAGCGGGGGAACCAUUGCAAGCAUCUUCGCCGGGCUCGAGACAUACUCUCUCCGCCAGAUGAUGGCUGCUGGUGCACCAGGGGCGUCAUGUAUCCCAGACGCUGGACCACAUCGGCCUCAUUCUGCUCCCAUGCUCCCUGUCCGACAUGAUCGCUCUCUCGGCCACGUCACUUUUAACCCUUCGGCGAUGGCCGAUCAGAACGUCGUCAUGCGCACCUGGUCACUAUUGAAUCGGUGCGGUGAGAAGAACGAACAAUAUGGGAGCCGGUUCAGCUUCCAGGGCUAUACCGCUGCUCACAGCCGACUGGGGGCGUGGUCUUCGUUUCUCACUAUGUCCGUCGCAAUUUUGUGUACUGUGCUAUUCCCACCAUUCCGGUGGCUUCUUCAAUGGCUCUCUCCGGAGCCGGGAACAGGGCCACAUUUGAAGCCGGGAGAGAAACAUUUCGUGGAAUGGAAAGCAAUAGUUGCAGCGGAUGGGACCAAUGUACAUGAGCCCAGCGCUUUGGGUGUGAUGCGCAUGGAUACGGAUGUAUAUAGCGUCUGCGCGACUUUCGUUAGUGAAGCCGCGUUGACCCUUCUGCUCGUUUUGAAGGGAAAGUCAGAGGACUCGAUGGCCGAGAAACUAGGAGGAGGCAUUCUCACACCUGCAUCAUUGGGGAUCACGUACGUGGAACGGUUGGAAAAGGCAGGGUUGCAUUGGACAGUGACCGAAACGAAAGGAAAGUAG